AUGUUUAUUGUGUUCGUUCAUGUACCGAAGGCACUUGUCUGUACUAUUACGGGUGAGUUCGAGGGUAGACUAGAUUCGGGAAACUAUGGAUUAUGGAAGUCAAGGAUGAAGUGCUUGAUUGGAGGUAUCAAGGCUCUAGCAUUGAGAGCAGUUCUGGUUCGGUGGGAAACUCCUACAAUAGUUGAUGCAGAAGGGCUCAGAAGUGCCAAACCAGAAGAGACUGUGUCAAAGAAGACGUUUGAACUCAUUCAGGGUUGUCAAACAGUAAAAAAAGCAACGAAUCUGCUUCAAGUCCACUUUGAGGGAACUAUUAAGGUUCAUAAUUCAAGAAAAGACAUGCUGACUUCUAGGUUUGAGAAUCCGAUAAUGGAGAAACAUUAA